UCUGGGGGUUUAUCAAACUUCGCAUGAUGUACAGUGAUUCUAUGGUUACCAAGGCAUCUUCCAUGCUCAUCUCUAAUUGCUGAUAAUAAAGAUUGAGGGUAUAUGAAACGCACAAAAGCACAUUGGUGAGGUUUUUUGAGUUGGCCUGAGGGGAUGUAGACAGAGUCAACUGUCCCAUGGAUCUUGAACAUGGCUGCAAUAUCCGUUGUGUUCAUGGUGCUGGGGAGGAAGUUUACAAAACAGGUUCGAGAAGCUUUGGGGGUGGAGGGUGAUCUAGGUUUUCUCUUGGAUACUACGUUCCAUUGGAGGGAGGGGUUUCUCUCACUAGGGGCUUUCUCUCUCUCUCUCAUGGUUUUUUAUUACACUUUGAUCUUGAUUUGUGAUUUAUAUGUGAAUGAAAACAUAAUCACGUGAAAUCUUGUUAUAACAUAACUUUUUAUAAUAUUUACAAAUACAAAACUAGAGAUAUGUCUUGAUUACAUCAGAUGCGCAACUUUAACGGUCUCACAUGAAACAGAUCAGUUAAUAGCAGCUCUCAAUAACUAAGAUCAAAAUACAUUUGUUGUCAACUUAUAUAACUAAUUAACUCAAACCCAACCUUUCCAUAUUCCAGAAGAUAAUAAUAUUGGUGUGUUUUAGUUCGUAGUAGUGGCAGACCACUCGCCUGAAUAUGAUCUAGGGACUUGGUAAUAGGAGCACAUACAUGAAUACAAUCAUACAUGAUAAUACAUCCCCAACUUGUAAUAAUCUUUGCUUAAUUUAAUUAUUUUUUGUAGCAUAAUAAUACUAAUUAGUACUUGGUAAAAUCACAAAGUUGUCAGCAUGAUCUAUUUUAUUUCCGCUUUUUUUUUUCUUAUAAAUAUUAUAUACUACUAUAUUAAAGGGAUAUAUUAGGUGGCCAAUUUUCUCAAAUAUAAUUACAGCUUUUUUCUCUCAUGCAAAUUCUCUCUCUUAUUACUUGCAAUCUUUUUUUUCCAUUACCAUUAUUUUGGGAUUUGCAGUUUCUUAUAUGACGGGUUUUCUGGCUUUUCUCUCUCUGGAAAUGGAAUAAUUGAGCUUCUAAAGGUGUUAGGAUUUCAUCAUCAAAUUAUUCCAGAUGCUGCCGUCAAGUUUUGUUGGAGCGCCACUAGAAAUGACAAAGCGCCGGUGGAGGGACUUAAUGCAGACUUUGUAUGAGAAUCACUUGGAUCCAACAAAAGUUGAAGAGCUGAAGCAGUCUAAAAUAGAUAUAGAAAACAAAUUAGUACCAAAGAUUAUAAAGUUUGUAAAAGAGCGACGUCAGAACAGAAGAAACCGAAAUGCAGAAGCAAUUUUAAGAAAAGAAUCAGAGCUUAUUGAGCUGAUUGAGGAUUUCCACAAACGAUAUCAAUUUGUUUAUGAACAAUAUGAUGACCUCAAAGGGCAGUUAUCUCCAACUGUUAAUGGAGGAAAAGAAGAUGAAGGUUAUUUCACAGCAACCUCGAGUUCAGACUCAGAGUCAGAAUCGUCAGAAAAGGAUGUUAUUAACACUGAAGAGAAAAAAGUACAGAAACAUGAGAAAGUUAUGCAAGAAUUGAGAAAUGAACUUGAUGAGAAAAGAAGAGAAGUUUCAUCCUUAGUUCAAAAGCAGAAGUGUUUGCAGAGGGAAAUUUCGAGUUUGAUGCAGGAACUAGAGUCGGAGUUUUCGUCUUUUAAUGUCAAGUUGGAUGCAAUGUGUGCUGUGAAAAAGACAUCAGAAGAGCGAGUAGUGGAAAACAAACAACUGCUAGAUCAGGUUGCGAGACUUGAAAAUAUAGCAAAAGAGAUCAAUGGGGUUGAGGGAGUUAAUGAAGGAGAUGGUUUGGUAUUUGAGGUGUCUAAAAUAAAGGGGUUGAUGAUACAGGUUAACCAUCUAAAACUAAAUGUGGAUUGUUUGUUUAAUAAUGCACAUAAAGGUGAUAUUGAUGAUGAAUGUAAGGCGCAUCAGACCAAUAACAACGGCUCUGAUUCUAUGCAUGAGAACUUGCAAGUUCAGGUGAACAAAUUGAAGCGCGAAUUGGGGUCUAUGACAAAGAAGAACACAAAAUUAGAGUCAGAUGUGAAGAAGAAAUCCCGAGAAAAUUCUGAGUUCUCGUCGAGGAUGGGUGAUCUUAAGAUAGAAGUAGCAAGCAAGAUUCAAGAAGUUCAGAAAAUGCAGAAAGAGAAGGAGGAUUCAUUACUGACGGUGAAGAAUCUAGAAUUAGAGGUACAGAAUUUAUGCAGCCAUAGAAGCGAAAAUGAAAAGGCAAUCGCGAGAAAAGAAGAAGAAAAUGUUCAGUUAAAACAGGAAAUAGAGGAACUGCAAGCAAAGACAAGUAAUUUGAAGGAAGAAUUUGAAAGACAGAUAGAUAUCAAGAACAAUGAUAUCAGUAGGCUAACUGAAGAUAAUGAGUCACUUCAAGGGAGAAUAUCAAAACUCGAGAAGAAGCUGAAAGAUAGAGGAGAUGUGUUCUCGUACUUGCAGAAUGACAUGUCUACUGAAAUAGUAGCAUUGACUGAUGAAGUAAGUAAGCUGCAUCGAGAAAAAGACAUGAAAAGCAACCUUGAUGAGGAUAACGAGUUAGGAGAAGAGAAAGAAAGUCUAGAAGUGAAGAUAUUGGAACAGGAAAUCACAUUGACAGAGAAAGAAGACCAAAUCGCUGAUCUCCAGAGCACGAUUCAAGUGGGACAGAACGAGAAAAGUUAUUUACAGGGAGAAUUAUCAGUUGAGAGGAAAAACUUCUCAGAAAGACUAAACCAGCUAGAAAAUCAAAACAAUGAGCUGAGUUUCAAGCUUUCAGAUCAGCAAUUUGUCCUAAAACAACAAGAGGAAACAAUCAAGAAGUUAAGGGCAGACUGUAAAUUAAUGAAAGGGCGAUUUCUUCAGGCCACAGAGAGGAAGAUGGAUGAAGUGGCAGAAGAGUUCAGGAAAAAUUUCGAGGAUAAACUUCGUAUAUUAAGCCAGAGAGUAAGAGUGUCAGAACAACUACAUAGUGAGAAUAAAGAGAACUGGAAAAAGAUGAAGGAGCAUUGUGAGCAACAACAUCCAGGUAUUCAAAAAAGACUAGCUCAAGUGAUGAAGACAUCAUCAGGGAAAGCUGAGUUACGGGUAGUUUCUCAAGCAAUCAAUGAAAUGAUGAAGGAGAUGGAGGGUUUGUUAAGCAAGUUGGAGAGUAAAGAAUGCGAUUUCUUAGAAAGGUUGUGUAGGGUGUCAAGCGAGAUCAAGGUUGCCAAGAACUGGGCGCAUUGUAUAUUGAACGAGAAAAAGAAUGAGCCUCCAGGCUCAGGAUAUGGACCAAGUAUCACAAUGGAGGACAAGAAACAACAAGAUCAUAAAGUCGGGAUGAAGGAGAAGGAGAAGGCAAAUAGGAGGUUAGAGGCAAAUAAGGUGAAUAGUAAGGAGAAGAUUGAUAAGUUAAAGUUGAUGAGAGGGAUGUAUGAGAUGCAGAAAAAGGCGGCGCAGUUGGAGAAGGUGGUUGCAGAAAAGGAUGAGGAGCUGUUGAGGUUAGGGAAUGAGAAGGUAGAGGCUAUAAGGCAGCUUUGUAUGUGGGUUGAUUAUAGACAAAACUGCUUUGAUCAUAAACUCAAGGAAGUAAUGUUGGUGAAGAAAACAAAAUGCUGAGACAAAGAGCUUUAUUUGUAUGGUUUCUUGCCUUUUCUUUUCUUCCUUUAGCAUUCUCUUCUACUGAUCAUUUGUACAUCUUUGUAACUUGUAAGUAGUACUCUUUGUUAAUUCUUUCAUUGAAUUUCAUGAAAUCUACAUAUCCAAACCUCUACCAUGUUUUAGGGGUAGGGAAUUAUUUCUUCCAUAGAGAUGUUAUGGGGGUA